UCACCACCAACCACCACCACCGACAGACUACAGGCGACGACAUGGCACCUAAGGGAGGCAACGCAAAGAAGGAGUCCGGACGCGCCAAGAAGGCAGAGAACGAGGCAAACAAGAAGGCCGCUGCCGCGGCGGAGAAGGAGCGUCAAGAGGCCGCCAAAUGGUCCGACGGCGGCAAGGCCAACAAGAACGUCGACAAGGAGGAGAAGCGCAAGGCCGAGCUCGCCCGCAAGGCCGAAAACGCACGCCUCCUCGCCGAAGAGGAAAGCUCCGUCGCCGCAAAGCCCAAGCCCGCCCCCAAGGCCGGCGCGAAGAAGGCGGCGGCGAAGCCGAAGCCCGCUGGACCUGGGGCAAUUGCCGCUGGUGGCGGGCUGGCUGCCGCCGCGGAGCCCGAGCCCAAGAAGGCGGACGCGCCGCCGGAGGAGCCGGAGAGCUACACGGCGACGGGUCUAGAUAAUGCGCUCGAUCUGCUGGAGGUGGUGACGGCGAAGAUGGACAAGGCGAGCGUGGGCUCGCAGGCGGCGGGGCUGGAGAGGCAUCCGGAGCGUCGCUUCAAGGCAGCAUUCGAGGCUUACAAGGAGCGCGAGCUGCCGAACCUCAAGAAGGAGCACCCCGGCCUGCGUAUGCAGCAGAUGCAGGAUAUACUCUACAAGCAGUUCCAGAAGUCGCCUGAGAACCCCUUCAACCAAGUUACUGUCUCCUACGACGCAAGCAAGGACGAGCGUGUCAAGGCGCUCGAGGCGAAGAAGUCGCAGGUAGAGCACCGGUUGCGGGAUCGUUCUUGAAACGGUUGCAGAGGACAAGAAGGAGACCAAGCCAGAAAACAAGAUCGUGCGCGAGGGGCAGAAAACAAGAACUUGCGCGAGGGGUCGGACAAGGCAAGAGAGACGAGCGGGUGGGGACUCACUAGGGACUACUUGUGCCGGAAUCGCAUGCUACCGGCCGACGCGCGUCAAGGAUCGCGGUGGGCGAUAUAGCACGUCCGGAGGGGUAGGAGGAAGUGGAUGAAGGGACGGCGAUGUGCGACAGCGAUGCUUUGUGUAUAUAGCUUCAGGCGAUUACUGGGUCGCAUGUAUAGCUCGAGUACCGUAGCCUCGUCAGAAAUCGAUUCGGCGAACGUCUGUUGAACCGA